GAGAUCAAUAAGUUGGAAGGUUUCGUGACGAAACUUUCGUCAGAGUAUGAGAUCGAGUUGAUUCAGAAAGUUUUUAAUCUCGUGGUUGUAAGUGUUGUUAAUUAGUGUGCUAUCAAAAUAUAUUGUUUUGUGCGUAGGUAACGCUGCGUCUAUAACACAAUAAUGAAAUGCGUAAUAUCUUGAAAAAUCCAUGAAUUAAUGAAUAAGGAAAUAUAUGCUCCUGUUCAUAUUACAUUAGUGAAAAUGUCACAUAUAUAUGAAUGAUUAGAGUAUCUUACUAAUUUAAUACUUUAAUAACUUCAAAGAAAUAAAAAUUGAUUCGUAUAUUUUGCAAGAGAGAGAGUGACUGAUUUCUCAAUUUCCAUAAUUUCGACGAAAGAUGAUGUGUCAUAGCCGAAUCGUUCGUAAAUCAUUAUAAGUUGGAAAUACUGUAAAGAUCAUUGAAAAAAUAGUUCAAUAAAAAAUGAGUUCCGUCUGGAAACGAUUACAACGGGUAAACAAGAGAGCCGCGAAAUUUCAAUUCACCGUGUCGUAUCAUGAAGUCAGUUUAGAAACGACAACAAAAUGGAAGCCAAACAAACUAAGUGUUGUAUGGACAAGACGUAGUAGAAGAGUUAGUUCAGAACCACUAGAUUGGGAACCUAGCUUAAGUGAUCCACUAAAAGGUGUUAUUAGUUGGGCAGUUCCUGAUAAUCAUACAGUUUCUGUAACUUUGUUUAAAGAUCCAAGGACCCAUGAAUUGGAAGAUAAAGAUUGGACAUUUGUCAUCGAAGAUGUUUCUUCUACUGGUAAAAGACGACAUGUAGCUGCGACAAAUAUAAAUAUGAAAAAAUAUGCGACAUUAGAAUCUAGUCAACAACAGCUUAAAUUGGAUUUAAAGCCAACAUCAAAAAAAAUUGUUAGUGCUGCGCUAGAAUGUACUUUAUCUUGUGUUUUCUUAAGAGAAGGAAAAGCAACGGAUGAAGAUAUGCAGAGUAUGGCUAGUUUGAUGUCAGUUAAUAACAAUAGCGAUAUUGCACCUUUAGAUGAUUUUGAUAAUGAAGAUAUACCGGAAGAUGUUGAAGAAGUAUCAGGAAAAAACAUUGAUGAAAUUUUAGAUAUCUCUGCUCAGCUUGACUUAAUGACAAGUAGUCUUACUGAAAGUGAAUUACCUAGUACUCCAAUAAGUGUGGCAAGUUUAUCAAAAGAUGAUACUACUCCUGUAAAUGAUGGCGAUCACAUCAUGCGUGAUGUUAGUCUAUCAGGUAUUGGCGAUUCUUUCAAAGAAAAAUCACCCUUAAAGGAUACCAUUACUGUUGAAAACAAUAAAAAUAUCGAACAUAGUGCACUAGUAAGAUUACCAUUACAACCACUAGAACUAAAAAAGAAUGAUGCCAAUAUUCCUAGAUUAAAAGAAAUUACUCCGGGUCAGGAUUUAUUGGAAUGGUGCAAAGAAGUAACUAAAGAUUAUACUGGCGUAAAAGUUACCAAUCUUACAACAUCUUGGAGGAAUGGAAUGGCAUUUUGUUCAAUAAUACACCAUUUCAGACCAGAUCUUAUAGACAUAGAUUCACUAUUACCACAUGAUGUAAAGGGUAACUGUAAGAAAGCAUUUGAUGCUGGAGAAGCUCUUGGUAUACCUAGAGUAAUAGAACCAGCAGAUAUGGAUAUACUAACUGUACCUGAUAAAUUAGCUGUAAUGACUUACUUGUACCAAUUGAGAGCACAUUUUACUGGUCAUGAAUUAGAGGUACAUCAGAUAGGUAAAACUACAGAUGAAUCAUCUUACAUGAUUGGAAGAUUUAAUACAGACAAUAAUUCGGAUGUAAGCGUGCAACUGUUUGGUCAGGAAAUAAUUAAUUUACGUAAAAAGGAUCAAAUGGAACAUAAAAAUAAUAAAACUGAUAGCAACAGACGAUCAAAUCCAUUUGAUAAUAAGAAAGAGGACAUUAAUAUUGAUUCCUUAAAAAAUAAGUUGCAUCUAAGUUUGAAUAUGGAAAAUCAAGAUCAUGAUCAAUGCAAUAAGGAUAAAUCACCAUCAAGUGUUAAGGAUGUUAAAGAUAUUAUACUAGCUAGUUCAAAAAGUAUUCUGGAGAAAGUAUUGUCACCAACUAAAGAAAAGUACUCAUCUAGAGAAAAGAGUAAAUCUCCGCCAAGAAUAUCACAAGCACAGCAACGCCCUAUAUUAAUGACUCGUCGACAAUUAACAGAUCCUUUCGGAUCUGAUGAAGAAGAGGAAAAUAUUCAAAUAAUUGAUGAAAAGUGGUCUCAAUCAAUCUCAAUUAACAAAUCAGAAACGCCAAUGUAUAAUGAUUCAGUCAAUGUUUGUGAAAGGGGUAAUCGUACUGAAUAUCAGAGUGUAUCAUCACCGCAAGGAGAACAACGUUCUCAACAUCCAUUAGUCAGUCGACAUGACGAAUUAAGAGAACGUGCCAGGCAACUAUUAGAACAGGCUAGGAAUCAUACAAAGUCAACUGGCCUUAUUUCCACUGCUGCUUAUCCUAUUGAGAGCCAAAAUGAUGAUGAAAGACAGCAACAAUUACGUGAAAGAGCAAGACGUUUAAUAGCGGAAGUAAAAAUGGGUGUUAAUGUUACUUCAAAUCAAAUUAAUGAUGACAAUAAUAGUGAGAGACGAUCCAUAGAUGAUCAGAAUAAUAGUCCAAGACGUAGUAUCACACCGUCUACUCCAGGUGACAAAUUUAGUUCAAAGUCUGAGUAUAAUGGAAACACUCUAGGAACUUCGAAUGUAAUAGAUGCAGAGAAAAAAACUGGUUCUCCUCUAUUCUCGUUCUCUAAGAUAAUAGAGAGAAUUUCACCAGAUAAAACUAGCCCUGAUGGUACUUCAUAUACACUCAGAGGGCUGGGAAAAGAUAUGACAUCAUAUAUUCAAAAUGAAUUAGAAGCAUUAGAAAGAGAACAAAAUCAAAUAGAUAUUCAAGCUGGUAAACUUGAGAAACAACUUCGAGCUGCAAUGGAAAGCGACAAUGAGGAUGAAACAGAAAGACUAAUGUCUCUUUGGUUUACGCUUGUCAAUAAAAAAAAUGCAUUAUUGAGAAGGCAAAUGCAAUUGAAUAUAUUAGAAAAAGAAGAUGAUCUAGAACGACGUUUUGAAUUGCUAAAUCGUGAAUUGAGAAGCAUAUUAGCAGUAGAAGAGUGGAGAAAAACUCCCGAACAAAAAAUGAGAGAAAAUUUACUUUUAGAAGAAUUAGUUUCAAUAGUAAAUAAAAGAGAUGAAUUAGUUCAUCAUCUUGAUACACAAGAAAGAGCUAUUGAAGAUGAUGACGAAAUAGAGCGAAACUUAUCUAGAGCUGGAUUAGCUCAAAGAAAUAAAAAUUGUAUGAUACAAUGAAAGAGUAAUUUUAUUCCUGUCAAUACGAGGAAAGUGACAAGUACGAUUCGUUUUGCUGUGGGGUUGCCAAAGAAAACACAUAAUAAAAUUUUUCUCAAAGAUAAAAUCGAGAAUUUUAUAAUCUGUAAAACAUUAAUAUUUAAAAACUUAUUUUAUACUAUGAACUGUAUACAAGUUGUACACAAUCCGUGUUUUAUAUUUAUACAAAUUCAUUAAGUACUGCAUAAACAAAAUGCUACAUUUUGUAGUAGUUUUAGGUUCAAAAUAAAAACUGGUCCGUCGAAGAAAUACAUAAGAUCAAUGAAGCCUAUUACGAGGUUGCAAAGAUUAUAUGUAAAAAGAAUAUGUUGCUAGAAAAAAUGAAUUUUGGUUAUAGUUCGAUUCAUUUAUGAUUCUAAUGUCUUAUAAAGGCAAUAGUAGAAAAAUACGGUACGUAGGAAACUGCUAAAAGAAGGUGCUUGAAUCUCGAUAAGUGACGAAAGAAUAUAAAAAGAAAUGCUGCAACAUAUAAUGUCAUAUCUGCAAUUAAGCAGUAUUAAACAUUACAUAAGUUACUUAAAAAGUUACAUAUAAAGAUACAUAUGUCACUUGAGGAAGAAGAAAGAAAUUAGUUAUUACAAAAUAGUAUGGAAAAUUUUGUGAAAGAUUUUAAUGGAUUAUGUCUAUUUUGUGCCAUAUAAAAAUAUCCUAAUUUUUUUA